AUGAUAAUGGCUGAGGCUAUCUGCUGCACUUUGGUGAACUGUAACUGUGACAGCUUCAAGCCCGGAAAGCUGAAAAGAAGGCAGUGCGAAAACUGCAAGCAUGGCUGGGUAGCACACGCCCUGAGCAAGCUUAAGGUGCACCACAUGUACCAGAGCAGCCAGGUGGAGAUUGUGCACUCCAACGUGGUGUUUGACAUCUGCAGCCUGAUGCUGUUUGGGACCCAAGCCAUCCCCAUUCGCCUCAAGAUCCUCCUGGACCGGCUCUUCUCUGUUCUAAAGCAGGAGGAGGUCAUCCAGAUCCUCAAUGCCCUUGACUGGACACUGCAGGACUACAUACGAGGAUACGUCCUCCAGGAUGUCGCGGGGAAGGUACUAGACAGGUGGGCUAUCAUGACGUUCGAGGAGGAAAUCGCCACCCUACAACAGUUUUUGCGUUUUGGUGAGACCAAGUCCAUUGUAGAGUUGAUGGCUCUGCAGGACAAGGAAGGCCAGGCUGUGUUGGUUCCAAGCACCCGCACCAACUCAGAUAUCCGCACUUUCAUUGAGCGCAACACCCCACGCACUGUUGCCAGCCUCUCCACAUCCAAAGCCAAUAAAUUAAGCAGUAACAGCAUGCACCACUUUGAGAACUUUAUCAAUAGCAUGGCCUUCAUGCUGCCAUUCCAACUAUUAGGCUCUGUUCCUGCACCAUUUCUAGGCUCACCAACAGGGACACUGCAGCAGCAGCAACACCAACAACACCAGCAGCCAUGCUGUGGGUCCUUGGAGCAGCAGAGUCAAAGACGAGAUGAUCUAGAGCAGGAUGAUCUCGGGAAGGACAACACUCUUUCACGACCUCCAGAAAGCAGUCUGCGAUGUUCCAGCUCUCUCUCAUUCACAACUGAUCGGGAAAGAGGUGGAGACAAACUAAUAGACAACCUCUCCACCACCACAAAGAUUGAGGCAGAAGACUUCUCCACUAGCGACAACUACUCUGAGGGACCCUCCACGCCAUGCACACCUUCCAUGAGCUCUGAUGUAACACAGAUGUCACCUGAGGGGAAACUGCGCUGCUUGGACAGGAAUGGGAGCAAUUGUGUGGGGGUCUCAGGGAGUGGUGGGUGUAUAGGCUCCCUAAAGAAGGGUCGUGUAUAUUGUAAUGCCUGUGAGAAAACGUUUUAUGACAAAGGCACACUGAAAAUCCAUUACAACGCAGUGCACCUAAAGAUUAAGCACAAGUGUACAAUCGAGGGCUGCAACAUGGUGUUCAGCUCAUUGCGCAGUCGCAAUCGCCAUAGUGCCAACCCAAACCCACGGCUCCAUAUGCCCAUGAAUCGCAACAACCGUGAUAAAGACCUGCGGGGCAGCAUAUCACCUGAUGAAAGCUCUCAAGGAGAAAAGAGGUCUGAAUAUGGCACACCCAUCCCUGUCUGCUCUGCAGAAAGCCAUAAAUCCGUGUCCAGCUACAUGGUGAGCCACGUAGAUGUCGGCUCAAAGCUCCACAGUAGCUCAUUCCCCAGCAUGGGCCAGAGUGGCAUCCUCUUUCCCAACUUGAAAACAGUGCAGCCAGUCCUGCCUUUCUACCGCAGUCUAGUAACUCCAGCAGAGCUUGCCAACACCCCAGGAACAUUACCCUCUCUUCCUAUUUUGUCCUCCUCUGUACCAGUCAAACCCAUCACGGGCCUUGAACCCUGCAUGACAGACCCGAUACCAAAGAAAAAGUCACGUAAGUCGAGCAUGCCAAUAAAGAUAGAGAAGGAGGCAGUGGAAAGAGAUGAUCGGACAGAUAAGGAGAGCAGCUCUGAGGAUGACAUUCACUUACAUAGCAGGGACCAGGAUGAGUGUGACAGUAUCCAAGCUGAAGGGCCUAUGUAUACAAGACCAGGUGGAGAGGAGAAGGAGUUGAGCGGGGCUUACACUGGUGAAGAAAAGGACAGGGACAUCCCCAAAAACCUGUUGGACCAUACCUUAGAUAGAGAAAUGAAAGAGAGGAACAACCAAGAUGAUAGGCCAAGGCUAGCUGAAACAGAGGUAGUCACCCGUGCAUCCUCCCCCUUUGAAAACAGACUGAUGGAGAACCACUGUGAAAACAAUUUACUAUGUCAUGAAGCCAAUGAAGAACGGGUAGACAGGGAGCAUGCAAACUCACUACAUGCACCUGACAAAUUUUCAGAGCUCAAGUGGGACGAGGGUGAGCAUAGGGGGAAAAAUGGGGGCACUCUCCAGCUCAUAGACCAAGUCAGGGAAGAGGCUGAUGGGUGUGUCGAUGAUUAUAGUGACUCAGGGUUAUCUCACUACGAACCCGAUACUGACCUGCCACACCACUGUGAAAUUUGCAGUAAGACCUUUAAGAACCCCUACAGCGUCAAGAUGCACUACCAAAAUGUCCACCUGAAGGAGAUGCAUAUGUGCACAGUGGAUGGCUGCAAUGCUACCUUCCCCUCCCGCAGGAGCCGAGACAGACACAGUGCAAAUUUGAACUUGCACCACAAGCUACUGACCAAAGAAUCCUUCAGCCCAGCCAGCACACUCUACCUGCCCUCAUCCCACAGUAGAGACAGAGAGUCCGUUUGCCUGGACUACAGCCAGGACCGGGAUAGAGACCUACCCCAUCGAGACCCAACCAGCCACACCUCUGUGAUCUUCCGAGGACACAACCGCAUGGGUCUGGUCUUCCCUAUGAGCAAAAUGUGUACUGUACCAGACAGUGCAGAGGCAUUGCCCUUAGGAGAGAUGGAGGGGUUAGGAGGGGGAGGGGGUGGAAGUGGGGAGGAUGGGGCUGUCCUGGACCUGAGCACAUCUUCUUCUGCCCCACCCCGUGGCAGCAGCAGUGCAAGAUCUUCCUGGGACUCUGAUGGAGCCGGCAGUGAGGAAAGGGAAGGGAUUGAGGAGAAUGAAGAGAUUCUCCCCAUGGAGGACAGUGAUGAAAGCUGCGAUGGGAUUGGCAUGGGAAGGCCUGGGGGGGAAGAGUUGUCAUUCGGGGGGGAGAGGACCCUCAGCAGUAUUGUGGGAGGACAAGGCGGGCUUCAGGGAGUUGGGGGUGGAUCUCCAAUAACCUGCCACAUCUGCCAAAAGGUCUAUAGCAACAAGGGCACAUUCAGAGCCCAUUACAAGACUGUCCAUCUACGACUGCUUCACAAGUGUAAAGUCCCUGGCUGUGAUACUUCUUUCUCCUCUGUGAGAAGCAGAAACAGGCACAGCCAGAACCCGAACCUACACAGGAACCUGGCUGUCAGUUCAGGUGCCAUAAUGGACCAGGAGUAG